CUUCACAGCAACCGCCUCCAUUGAGGAUUCAAAUGCUGUUUUUCUCGUCACGCAGCAGGGUAUGUUGCAUGGAAGAUUGUUCACAUCUUUUCGCUUUCGACCUUUUCGGAUCGUGAUACAGAGCCCUAGUUCAGUUUUCACGUCCAUUGCUCUGAAUCUUUCUUGACGAGCUGAAGCUCUGUCGGCUUAGAGCCGAACUCAAUGUGCUGCAAACAGCACGACUGAUAUGUAUCGUUGACGCCUCCGAACCAUAAAUGUGGUCAAAGGCCAAUUAGAACAAUUAUUGUCGGACACUGCUGUCACCACACAGCCGCUGUGAUACUUCUUAAGCCUGUCAUUUUCCGGCGUAUUACACGGUACAGUUGUGACGAAUCUAGUCAUCUGCAAUGCGUCGGAUCAGCCAUAAUCCAUAACGACGCAGGCAAUUCUAGAUGUCCUUUGACAUGGACCCGCGGAGUAUAUGAACCGAACAUCAUGUACAUUCCUCUCCCACAAAUUCUUUCCCCCCAACCCUCCCGACGCACACCUUCCCUCCAUGUCUGCGGUGGACCUCGAAAAGUGUGAUACGCUCCUGGAUGACUCGCGAACCAAACUCGGAGGAUGUACAACCGCUUCUUACAUUUCUCAGGAUCGCACUGAGCUAUCGCGUGCAUCAACUGUAACACCUUCAUUAGACGAUGUAUACCCAGACGGUGGUCUGAAUGCCUGGAUAACUGUCUUCGGCGCCUUCCUUGCUUUACUAUGUACUUUUGGCCAACUCACUUCGUUUGGCACCUUUCAAUCCUGGUAUGCCGAACAUCAGCUACAACACCUAUCGCCUUCGACUAUCUCAUGGAUUGGAUCCCUUCAACUAUGGGUCUUUUUCUUCUCCGGUGGUUUUGUUGGUCGCUUGUUCGACGCAUAUGGACCCCACGUACUCAUGAUUCUGGGUACUGUGAUACUCGUGGUUAGCACGAUGAUCACUAGCAUAUGUACCGAGUACUAUCAAUACAUACUAUGUCAAGGCGUUCUCUUUGGUCUAGGAGUCGGAUUAUUGUUCUAUCCGUCCCUUGCAGCUAUUUCAACACACUUUCGCAAAUAUCGAGCCACGGCAUUGGGUAUUGCAAUGGCCGGUUCCGGUGUAGGUGGCGUUAUCUAUCCGAUCAUGUUUCGCCGGCUUUUCGUGACUUGCGGUUUUGCAUGGGGUGUUCGCAUCUCAGGCUUCAUCGGCCUAGCACUCUGCAUCGCAGCAACUUUCAUGAUAUCUAGUCGCCUCGCUAACUCAAGACCUAAGGCCUCGGAACCUUGGCUCGACUUAAAACACUUAAAAGAUAUCACGUUCAUGCUUCUUGUAAUCGGAAGUGUAUUUGUAUCACUUGGUCUUUUCGUACCUAACUUCUACAUCGUAUCAUACGCCACCGAACACAACCUGUCCCCAUCUUUGGCUUUCACAGUUCUCGCCGUACUUAACGGAGGCGGUAUCCUAGGACGCCUCGCGCCACCGUGCCUCUCCGAUGCCCUGGGUCGCUUCAACCUCCUCAUUCCUUCAGCAUUCCUUGCCGGUCUAUGUACGCUUGUGUUCUGGAGCUUUGCUAAGACUACAGCCGAGAUCAUGCUCUAUGCCAUCUUAUAUGGGUUCUUCUCUGGUGCUUUCAAUGCACUCAUCAUCCCGUGUAUUGCCCAAAUAUCCGAUAUUCGGGAGAUCGGUGUGAGGAUCGGGAUCCUCUACAGCAUCAUUUCAUUCCCGUCGUUAUGCGGAGGUCCAGCAGCGGGAGAACUUCUCAAACUACAACACGGGUCGUAUGAGGGCAUGAUCGCGUUCAGCGGUGCUGCAGUAGCCUUUGGGUCCUUGUUCAUGCUAUGGUCCCGACUUCGGAUCAGUUCCAAGUUUCUUGUUGCCCUGUAAUACUAACGUCUCUCGUCUUCUUUUCACGUUUGAAUCUCAGACAUUUUGCUUCUACCCGACACUCCUUUCAUAACAGCAAUCGCAUCUUGGUUACGAUUCACCAUUCAAUAAUCAUGUAGCAUAGCUUGUAUUUUAGUAUACCCUGAUUACGAACUAGUUCAAUGACGAUUUCUUGAGAAUCU